AUGUUCAAUCCUCAAGUGCAACAACAACAACAGCAAAUACCACCACAACAAGUUGGUGAUAUUGGAGCACAACAACAGCAGCAGCAAAGUCAAGGCGCAAAAGCUUUAGAUGAUGAUAAAGUUUAUCAAUGGAUCAUUGAACUUUCAUAUGGCCCAAAUCGUGAACAAGCAUUAUUAGAGUUGGGAAAGAAAAGAGAACAGUAUGAUGAUUUACCAUUAGUUUUAUGGAAUUCAUUUGGUGUCAUGACUUCAUUAUUAGACGAGAUUGUUUCUGUUUACCCAUUGUUAUCACCUCCAAACUUAUCAUCUGCUGCUUCAAAUAGGGUUUGUAAUGCCCUAGCGUUAUUACAGUGUGUUGCAGCACAUCCUGAAACUAGAAACUUGUUUUUGAAUGCUCAUAUUCCUUUGUUUCUUUAUCCCUUUUUGAAUACUAAUUCAAAACAACGUUCUUUUGAAUAUCUAAGACUCACAAGUUUAGGUGUUAUUGGUGCAUUGGUGAAGAAUGAUACACCAGAAGUUAUUUCAUUUUUAUUAACUACUGAAAUUAUUCCAUUAUGUCUGAGAAUAAUGGAGUCCUCUUCAGAAUUAUCUAAAACAGUGGCCAUUUUCAUUGUCCAGAAAAUCUUGGUUGAUGAUGCUGGAUUAGCUUAUGUUUGUCAAACCUAUGAAAGAUUUGCUGCUGUUGCUUCAGUUUUGAAAAUAAUGGUUGAUCAAUUAGCUACUCAACAAACUACAAGACUAUUGAAACAUGUUGUUAGAUGUUAUCUGAGAUUAAGUGACAACCCUGAUGCAAGAAAAGCCUUAAGACAAUGCUUACCUGAAUCUUUAAAAGAUGCAACAUUCCAUGCUGUGUUACGAGAUGAUGUUGCUUCCAAAAAAUGUUUGGCUCAGUUAUUAUUAAACUUGGGUGAUUAUGAAGGUCAGCAAGCUCAAUCUUUAUCUCAGCAACAGCAACAGCAACAAGUACCACUACAACAGCAACGUCCAUGA